CAUGAUUUGAAGUUGGCUUCUUUAAAACUAUAGGUAAUGAAAAUCACAGAUUGAUAUUCCAGGUGAUAUGACAAUAUGCAGCUAACCCAAAAUGUCUACCUAAAAAAGUAGAAGCACAUGAGUUCAAAACUUGUAUAAAUUUAUUUUAGCAAUAUCUCAAUAAGCAGUGAAGUGCUUAUCAAGUGAACUGAAAUAAGUAUUGACUUCUUCGUUCCAUGGAUCCUUUGGGAGCUCCUUCCCAUUUUGUGGAUGUUAAUACUUUGCCAGGAUGGUCUGAUCAUCAUGAUGAAGACCAAUCAGUCAGCUCUUCAUUACCAAUUGAAGGGGGGAAAGUUGAUGUUCAAUCACCCUUCCCAUAUAGGGAAGACAUCAAUACAAAGAUAAUAUUAUGGAGAGGCGACGUAGCAUUGCUGAACUGCACAGCCAUAGUAAACACCAGCAAUGAGUCCCUCACAGAUAAGAAUCCAGUGUCCGAAAGUAUCUCCAUGCAUGCGGGACCUGACCUAAGGGUUGAACUACAGAAACUUAAAGGUUGUCGGACAGGGGAAGCAAAGCUGACCAAGGGGUUUAACCUUGCUGCCCGCUUCAUCAUUCACACUGUGGGACCCAAAUAUAAAAGCCGAUACCGAACAGCAGCAGAGAGCUCCUUGUACAGCUGCUAUCGCAACAUCCUUCAAGUUGCAAAGGAGCAAGCAAUGUCCUCAGUGGGAUUCUGCGUGAUAAACACUGUGAAGCGAGGUUAUCCUUUAGCAGAUGCUACUCACAUAGCAUUGCGUACAGUCCGACGAUUUUUAGAGAUUCAUGGGGAAAACCUUGAAAAAGUAGUGUUUGCCGUUACUGAUCUUGAGGAGGCUACUUAUGAGAAGAUGCUGCCUCUGUAUUUUCCAAGAUCACUAGCAGAGGAAAGACAGUCCCUGCCUUUACUUCCUGAAGAUAUUGGCAAUGCAGAAGGGGAGCCAGUCGUGCCAGAACGUCAGAUUAGGAUUAGUAAGAAGCCAGGUGCUUCGGAGGAUAAUUCUGAUGAAGAGGGGCUAGAAGCCGACUUCUCAUUUAUUGGUUCUCAUGCUUUUGCUCGAAUGGAGGGAGAUGUUGAUAAACAGAGGCGUCUCAUCCUUCAAGGACAACUGUCUGAGGCAGCACUACAGAAACAGCAUCAGAGGAAUUACAACCGCUGGCUUUGUCGAGCAAGAGCUGAAGACCUGUCAGAUAUUGCUUCACUUAAAGCAUUGUACCAAACAGGAAUUGAUAACUAUGGUCGUACAGUGAUGGCAGUUGUUGGAAGGAAUAUUCCUGUAACGCUUAUAGACAUGGAGAAGGCUCUCUUGUAUUUUAUACACGUGAUGGACCAUAUUGUAGUGAAGGAAUAUAUCAUUGUGUAUUUCCAUACACUCACUAAUGUCUACAAUCACUUGGACUCAGAUUUCUUGAAGAAGCUCUCUGACAUUGUUGAUGUGAAGUACAAAAGAAAUCUGAAGGCCUUGUAUUUCGUCCAUCCAACAUUUCGCUUGAAGGUUUCAACCUGGUUCUUCACAACCUUUACUGUCUCAGGUCUAAAGGACAAAGUUCACCAUGUGGAAAGCCUUCAGCAGUUGUUUACAUCAAUACCCCCUGAACAAAUUGACUUUCCUCCAUUUGUUCUUGAAUAUGACAUCAGGGAAAAUGGAUCAUACUAUUCUUACCCUUCUUCUCCAGACCUUUGACUCUCCAGCUCUGCCAUAGUUUCUGAUUGUUCAACAAUCUAUCACACGCCACUUGCCAAUACCAUAUCAAGUCAAUCUAAGUUAUUUACAGAGUUCAGAGAUCGGGCUUUCUUCCCCACCUCUGUUAUUUUUUUACAAUGAGAUAGUUGCAAGGACAUAAGCAAUCAGAAAACUACAGUGUAAUGAACUGUAUUUCAGAUCUAAGUAUCCAGGAGAAAAUGGAUUUUCCAUGUGGGAACAUUCUUUUUUUUUUUUUGCAAGAUGUCAAGAUGUUUUGUUGUUACUUCCAUUGUAUUUUCCUGAGAUAUAAGUGGCCACAUUUUGGCAUAAUCUGCAGAUAUUCUGUUUUGGGGAGAAAAGAUGCAGUAUCUAUUUAAUAGUGUUCUAUGGCCUUUAUAUUACUGAAUCUACCAUUAGGACAGAUAUAUUUACAGAAUUGCCUUUAGAAGUAUCUGAUUGGGCAGAAGCACUACUGUAAAUCAUAAAGCUACCAUGAAGUACAUAAUCAGAAAUGCUAUUUAGCUAAAGGAUCUGUCAUCUGUUUCUCUCUUGCCAAAUGAUGAGAGAUGUAAGGGAAGUGCUGCUGCUGCCACAUCCCUCCUCCAGUAAAACUCAAGGGCAUAUCAGUACUGCCUGGUGUAGUUGUGUUUUUGCAGUCGUUUUGGGAAUAAUACAGUGUGUUGAUUGCAAGCUGGACUAUUGUAUCACUGAAGAAAUUCAGCAAUUCAUUUUUUUUGUUUUGAAAAUAAAUUUAUUUGUAUGCA